AUGAGUCGGAAUAUUGAGAAGCUGGACUCUAUUGUCACAAAGAGGCUCAAAUCUCAAGUUUACGCAGUUUCAUUAGCAUCAGCGGUUAGAGAAAUAGUCCAAAAUUCUAUAGACGCACAUGCAUCCAAUAUCGAUGUCACAAUCGACCUCUCCAGUCUGAGUUUUGCUGUUUACGAUGAUGGUACUGGGUUGAGCCCGGAUGAUCUGAAUAAGUUGGGUACUAGAAAUCACACUUCGAAAAUACGAAAGUUAAGCGAUCUAACAACAAUAAAUACUUAUGGUUUUAGAGGCGAAGCCAUAUACAGCAUUUCCGACAUCUCGAAAUUGUUUAUUUGCUCCAAAACUAAGGAUUACAACUCUACAUGGAUGAGAAAGUUCCCGUCAAAAAGCGUUAUGUUAAGUAAAAAUAUCAAGCCCCAGGUGGAUCCUUUUUGGAAAGUCCAGUCUUGGAGCCAAAGAAAAUCAGGAACUGUAGUUAUUGUCGAAGACAUGCUAUAUAAUUUACCGGUUCGGCGUCGAAUCCUAAAGGAGCAACCUUCCUUUAGAACCUUUAACGCAUUAAAGGCAGAUAUGCUACAGAUUUUAGUAGCCAAUCCAUUGGUUGCACUUACUGUAUCGUAUACGGACGAAUCCAAAGGCCACACGGACGUCCUUUUCCGUUCAAAGAAUAUAACUGAAGAAUUAACAAAACACCAGAGAAUGUCUCAGGUAUUGAGAAAUGUGUUUGGGGCAAUAAUACCGCCAGAUAUGCUCAAAAAAGUUUCCUUAAAAUUUAAUGAUUAUCAAAUUGAAGGUAUUAUUUCUAAGAUACCGAUUCGAUUGAAAAGCCUACAAUUCAUAUUCAUUAAUGGUAGGCGUUAUACAGAUAGUAUAUUCCAGACAUACAUUGAUUCUUUGUUUCAGCAGCAGGACUUCGGAGACAGCAAUUUCAGUUUACUUAAGACCAAAACCGUGGGGAAACCUUAUCGAUCCCACCCUCUCUUCAUUUUUGAUCUACGUUGCCCUCAGACUAUCGAUGACCUAUUACAAGAUCCGGCCAAGAACAUUAUAAAACCUUCUCAUGUUCGUACAAUUGAACCAUUAAUUAUCAAGACUGUUCGUUCUUUCCUAACAUUUCAAGGCUAUUUACCGCCCGAUAAAUCAGAUAAGUCGUUGGAAAUAGUCAGCUGCUCACAAGCCAAUGCAACAUCCAUCAGCAGACAAAGUCAAGUGAGCAAAUGUGGUCAGGUCUUAGAUUCCAAAAUGAAAAUGGCACGCAUUAUCGUAACUCCAGGGACAUCUGUUGCCAAUAAAUACAAAGUAAGCAAAACUACAUUGAGUUCUGAAAGGAUAAACAAAAUACGACUUUAUGGUCAGAAAUCGAUUUUGCGAAGCAAGCUUUCUUCGGGGCAUUAUGAUACAGACGUCUUACAAUAUUGUGAUAAUAUAGAAAACACAAUAGAGGACCUUUCCAUUUCCAGAUCUGUUUUGGCUAAUUAUGAGGUGAUUAAUCAAGUCGACAAGAAGUUUGUUCUCAUACGAUGCUCCGGUUCAUCUAUCUACAAAACCCCAAUAUUGAUAUUAGUUGACCAGCAUGCUUGUGAUGAAAGGAUAAGGUUAGAAGAUUUACUUCACAGUCUACUCUCAGAAGCACUAACUAGGACCUUCGUCACACAAGAUUUGACUGAUUGCUACAUAGAAAUUGAUCGUACCGAAGCUGACUUAUUCAGGCAUUAUCAGUGCGAAUUUAAAAAAUGGGAGAUCAAUUAUGAAGUAACUAAUGGCACACUAGAAACGUCUCUUUUGAUAAUUAAAUCGCUACCUGAAGUGCUGGCAUCCAAGUAUAAUGGCGACAACAAUUACUUAAGAAUGGUCCUGUUGCAACACGCUCAUGACUUAAAAGACCUCAAGAAGCUUCCCAUGAACCUAACUCGUUUAGAAAGCCACACUUUAACUGAUAGGUUAUAUUGGUGGAAGUACGCAAGUUGCAUCCCAACAGUGUUUCAUGAAAUCCUUAACAGCAAAGCGUGCAGAUCUGCUAUUAUGUUCGGAGAUGAAUUAAGUCGGCAAGAGUGCAUUAUUUUAGUCAACAAGCUUUCUCAAUGCCAAAAUCCAUUCCAAUGCGCUCACGGUAGACCAUCCAUGGUCCCCAUUGCAGAGUUGGAUCAAAAAAACGAAACAUAA